AUGUACUUCCGACCCAUCUCCAUUCUAUCCCUCGCUGCCCUCGCAGCAGCCGCCCCAACCUGUGACCGCACCCUCAACAGCACCGUCGGCCUCUAUACCGUGCAACCCAACGACACCAUGACCAGCAUCUCCCACACCGUCUCCCGCGGCAUCUGCGACAUCGCACGCCUCAACCGCAUGGCCGACGCCAUGCUCCCCCUCCUCACCGGCGAAGAACUCCUCAUUCCCCCUGAAACCUGCACCCCCGACAACUCCACCUGCCUAAUCCUCCCCAACCCAACAAACACUUACUCCGACUGUGUCGCCGGCGGUCCUCACGCCUAUUACACCCUGGAGGGCGACACGAUCCGCUACAUCGCCCUCAAGCUCAACAUCACGGUUGAAGCCCUAUCCGCCACCGCGCAAGGCGGCGUCACAGACCCCGAUACACCUGUGCAAGUGGAUAACUUUCUGAAAGUGCCGCAGUGUAGUCCCAGUCGGUGUACGGUUGAGCCGUUAUUGUUUACCUACGGGACGUAUAAGGAUUUAGCGGAGAAGUCGGGGACCACGGUGGGACAGAUUAUGGCGUUGAAUCCGACGUAUAAUCAUACCGAUGCGGCGAGGGGGGAGGGGGCGGUGAUUACCUUGCCUGGGAAGUGUGAGACUUUGGGAGGGAAUGGGACGGUUAUUUCUUAG